UACCAUUCCAGUAGGCAUUUGUAAUAACCGAGGGCGAUGUGACGGAACGCUGUUAGGUGGCAGCUGUGUUAUAAUUUCUAAUUGUUUUAAUUUUUGUUCAGUUCUGUGGCAAAAGUAGUGCUAAAUUUAUCGUAGUUUGUUUGAUUUUAUGUGCAACAUACUCUGUUCCAAGUCAACCGAUCAAAAUGUCGAAGCAACCUCGUAUGCGCAUCAAAGAAAGCAGAGCCAACGGCACCGAAGAGCAGGAAGUGGAGCUUGUGGAGGUGGACGAAAGUACACAGGAUAUGGAAGCCUUGACAUCUUUGUCGGAAGAAGUUGCCGAGCCGAAUCUAGUGGAAACAAAGGAUGGGAGGUUGGUCAUCGAAAUGAAGCCCGGUCGGACGUGCGAGAUUUGCAAGAAAGUGUUCGUUUCGGCAAAGGGUCUAAAGAAACAUCAACUAUGCUGUACUGAUAAGGAAGAUGAAUUUCAGGAUGUUUUAAAGAAAGAGAAGGAAGCAGCUAUGGUCGCACAACCCGGAGAAGAAUUUUUCAAAUAUUGUAAUCCAAAUCCCGAAAAUCCGUGCUACUGUUGUGGUGAAGAUUUGUCCACGGCGCACGUUGGACACAUCAAGUGCAAUUUUUGCCCGAAAUCUUUCAAAGCAUACGAAUACAUGGAGAAGCAUUUGGCGUUAGUUCACGUUGUGGGCGACGGAUUCGCGUGCACACAGUGUAAUGCCAAGUGUCCAUCGGAGGAGGUACUGAACGAACAUUUGCAGACGCACAGCGAAGGGAAGCCCUUUUCAUGCAUACGAUGUGGCAAGGAUUUCACACGUAAAUAUCAUCUAGAUCGCCACAUGCAUCACUCCAGCUGUGGCGAUGCACCCAAGCAAUCGUUACCUUGUGAAGUUUGUGGCAAAGAGUUUUCGAGACUAGACAAUUUGCGUGAGCAUCUUCGUUUCCACAUGGGUCAAGGGUCUCGGAAGCGCGACUACCUCUGUCCCUAUUGUCCGAAAUCGUUUUACGGCUCAUCUUUGUUGAAUAUCCAUAUUCGAACGCAUACCGGAGAAAAGCCCUUUCCGUGUGAUCUUUGCAACAAAUCGUUCCCGUCGACCGGUGCCUUAAGAAAACAUCGCAGAUCCCAUACCGGUGAACGUCCGUAUCGCUGUGACCAGUGUUCUGCAACAUUUGCCGCUCGUGAAACACUGAACAGACAUAGGAAAACACAUACCGGCGAGAAACCCCACAAGUGUACAGUGUGCGACAAACGGUUCAUACAGGCAACCCAACUGCGUUCCCAUAUGUUUCAUCACACAGGCGAAAAUGGGUUCGAUUGCGACAAUUGUGGAAUGGCAUUCAACAGGAAAGCCCGACUCGAUGAGCACAUACGUUUUGUCCACAACAAGGAGUCCCCCUUGCAAUGUGAAGUUUGUUCGAAAGGAUUCAUGCGCAAAGAGGAUCUAUCGCGACACAUGGACUCUCACAGUGAUGUGAAAAACUUUGCAUGCGAUCAAUGUAGUAAGCGUUUUGUGUCCAGAGCUGCAAUGAAGCUUCAUCAGCGAACUCAUGCAGUGGAAGCGCCGGCCACGUGUCAUAUUUGCGAACGUACCUUCAUCCGUAAGGACUGCUUGGUGAGACACCUACGAACCCGACAUCGGGAAGAGUACAUGAAAGAUGAUAGCCAAAGAACUGAGGAAAAUCUCGCCCCCACGUCUGACGGCACCGUCCUGGUAGAGGUGAUGAACGAGCCAGUCUGCCCAGAGGCAGAUCCUACAGUGUUGGAAAUUGAUGGUGAAGUUUAUCAAAUAACACCAGUCGAUGAUAUACAAAUCGUACAAAUCAAAUCAAACGCUGACAUAAAAACAAAUUCUGAACAAGAUAACAAUAAUAAACCUGAGAUACUAGAGGUUGUAACCCUUGUUCCCCCUUCAGACAAUCCAACAGAGCAGGUUUCGGCAGAAAAGCUGAAGGAAACCAAGAAGGUGUCAAAAAGUAUUCCAGUUGGAAGAUCGAAGGCAAAUAAAAAAGAAGCAAAAGCUCUUCUUGUCACCAAAACAGAAAAAGAUGUACCGAAGGAAUCAAAGAAGCAGAAACGAGAGACGCCCAAAAAAGCAAAAAUUGAAACAACCCCAACACGUGUUCCAGCAGAACAGAUCGAGACUCAGAAAGACCCUUUUCCAAUUGCUAUAGCAAAAAUCGAAAACGAGUUCUCUCCACCGGAUAACAAAAAACCUGUCAAAGAGCGCAAGAAACGCAAGCGUUCAUCGGUGGAGGGUACCGGAAGUCGAGCGUCUAGAAUCAAGCUUGAGGAACGAGACGAUUCGAUACCGAUAUUCCUAAGCGACGAGAUAUUGAAAAUAAAAAUCUCAGAGCUACUUCAUCUGUUGAUCGAUGAGGAUACGUUAACAGAGUUUGGUUGGCCGAAUGCACCUGUGGAAGAAGUGCUGAGCAAUGUUAUCGUCCGCUGUGGUCAUAAGCCAGCUAGCGAUGAAGAUGCUGGCGAUUAUACAACUCGCAUGCGAGAAAACACAAAAAUUCUGUUCUCGUUGACAAUGGAUGACGAUAACAUCAAGAUGUUGUUAAAUAAUCAUACCGUCGAUGAGGUUAUCAUGAAUGUCCUCAGGAAUAAAUAAUUUGUUGUUGAAAUUUUCGAA